CUCUCCUCUCCUAUCCACUCACUGACCACCUCUCGCCCUCUCCCCUCCCCGGCUCCCCCCGCCGCAUCGCCGCGCGCGUCGACGAGCCCGCAACCGCGCGACUCCGCCCGCCGACCACCGAAUCGGUCUCAUGAAUUGGCGGGGCUUGGGACUACGACCAGCUGUGUGCGGCGCGAUCGACGGAGGCAGACGCAUCGAGCUUCCUGACCCGGGCGUGCGUGCUCGAUCCGGUCUCAUUCCGGUCGGAUCCGCGGUGGUGCUCCUCUCCGGCGAGGUCGCAGGUCGAUCCGACGCGGGGCGGCUCGAUCUGCAAGCGGAGCAGCUCCGGCACGGCCAGGGCGACGACUGCUCCCCGACGCCGCCACCCUCCGCAAGGAGCGACGACGGCUCGAAGCUCUGCGGCACGGCGUGCGCCGAGCGACGCGCCGCGGGGGCGCCCCUGCCUCAGCCACCGGCGUGUCUGACCACCCGUCCACGCCCCCACCGCUGCCGCCGGCCGGCCACACGAUGUCGCUCGUCCCGCUGCUUCAGCCGGCCAAGAAACCGGAACGCCCCCCUUGCCUGGCAACCUCGGCAUCUCCAUCGACCGUCUCAGAAAGCGCUACCUCGCUCGGCUCCCGCAUAGCUGAUGCAAGCCAAGAAACAGGGAGUGCCGGCAGUAGUACUCUGAAUCCAUCAAUGCAACUGAAUCCAUAAUGCUAAUCAAGAGGUGGUUUUGGCCUAACUGGGAUGUGCUUGAGUCCUGCAUAGCUGUGGAGGAGGAAGUUGCUGCCCUUCUUGAGCAGUUUGCAAAGAUCUUCAGUGAGCAAAGAGGGCAGUGGAAGGCAGCAACCCAAUCCCAGGAGUUCCUUUGAACCCUUCAGCGUUAAUACAAUAAUGCUUACACAGAUCCUGAGAAGCCGGAUGCUAUAAAUGUAUUCUUGGGCCAUUUCCAGUCUCAACAAGGCAAACCUCCUCUUGUGGAAGUUGGACUGAGAUCAGCAUUACAAUGUUGGCCGCCAAGGAACUCUAUGUGAAGAAACUGGAAGGUGAACAUAUACCUGGAGGUAUCGGCGAUGGUGUCGUCUGUUCUGUUGGCUUGCUGUGUGGAGUCCCCAUAGGUCCAUAUAAUUAUGAUGUCUUGGAGGGUAUGACGUUCGACAAUAUUUAUGAAUCCUUCAAUGCUGACUUUGAGGAUGGUACAAUCGGGCAGCGUUGCCGACGGGAACUCCUAUGUCGCUGUCGUGGUUCCGCGGCGGUGGCGCUGUCCAGUGGUUCUGUGGCGGCGGCGCUGUCGAGUGGUUCCGCCGCGGCGGCGCUGUGGAGUGCGCAGAUCGUACGACGGCUGCGCAGAUCGCAUGACGGCGGCGAUCCAGAUGGACUCAGGCGGCGAGAUCCGGCGGGGUAUGAGGUUCGACGGCAGGCCGAUCCUGAUCUGCGGCAGGACGCUGUUUUCUUUGUCUACGUGCGUGGGCGGGGUUCGGUGGGUUGGUGUGGGGGUGAUGAAAAAAAAACCGGUUGAAAAAAAACCAGACGAAAGUGGGGGAACUAUUCAACAACUCGUCCAUUAGGAGUAGAGAUUAGGAGUAGAGAUUUUAUGUGAGACACGCAAAACAACUCGGUAACUAAUCAAGUUGUAGCCAAUAUUUGGCACAUUGCUAAAUAUUUGGCACCAAUC